UUUUUGAUAAAACAAAAGUGACAAUUAUUAUUAAAACUAAGAACACAAUUGGAAGAACUUAGAUUCAAGUAAGUAUAUGCCCCAAUUUUAAACCCUAAAUAUCUAUCUAAGAUGCUCUCAUCUCCGUUCGCAGCCCUACGCCGGUUCUCUCCAACGGAGUAAAUUUGAUUCUGAAAGCUUCCUUUCUUAUCUGGCUCUGGAAUGAUGUGAAUUAGCCAAAUCAGACAAUAAUGUGCUCCGUGACGCAACCAACUUCGUUUGUUUGGAUCAUGUUGAAGUGCGUUUCUCUGAUGAUAAACAAAGAGAUUGGUUUUUCUAUUCCUGACCAGAACCAGUUAACCAUAACACUUUUCUUUCUCUAAAGAAAGGAAAAGCAGUUAUCGUUUUUGGGUUUACAUGAAAAGUUUUUAUUCACUCUUAUUUACAUUUGAUGUCGGGUUUGAGUGGUUAAUUUGGGUGACGUCUUCAUUGUCGCAUUAUCCCACCGUUUAUUUGUGAAAAUGAUUAUUUUUCUUUACGUUCUCCUUAUCAUCAUGAAGAGUCCAACUCUUUGCUUUGGAAAUAUGGUUGAAGACAAAAUUUUGAAAGUUGGAGAAGAGCUAUGGAGAGAAACUCUGCCGAUACAAGGUGGCUCUUGCUUUUAUCAACUGCAAGGUCUGAAACCCCAAACGUGGUAUGAAGUGAAGAUAUCGUAUCCAGCGUCAAUACCCGCUAGUUUUUCCUUACAAUUGAAGGGAAACAAAUCAGAUGUUGUAGUGAACAAUAGUAGGAGAUUGCUCAACACUGAAAAGCUAAUUUUUAAGACCUAUAAGGAUCAGGACGAAGCUCAUUUAGUAUUAAUAACUGUGGAGCCAGAGGGUUUUCCUGCAAAACCGCAUGUACCCGAGAGAAAAUUUAUUAUUUUUAAUAUAGUGUGUGAUGAACUAUUGUUGGGCAUACCCUACAAUGCUUGGUGGGUUGUGGCGCUGGCAUUCCUGUGUCUCGGAAUUGCAUUCGCUGUUCCUUGUUUUCUUCCAUUGUAUUUGCUACCAGAGAACCAAGUGCUACAAUCAGACCGUAUUUCGAAAACUUCUUGAUAAGCUUCCCAGGAUGAUAUAGUUUUUCAAAUGCUGAGACACUGCAUGCAAUUGUAAAUGUUAUUCUACAAUUCAUCUUCUGAGUUCAUCGACGCUUUUAAAAGGAUUGGCAUGAAUGCCAUGUUUGUCUAUGUCAUGGCAGCUGGAGAAUCUUUGCAGGAUUUAUUAAUGGGUGGUAUUAUGAUGACCCUCAAAAUAAACUGGUCUAUUGGAUCCAAGAGCAUGUAUUCAUUAGAGUUUGGCAUUCAACAAAACUAGGCAUCUUACUGUACGUGAUCUUCGGCGGAGAUCCUAUUCUGGGCUGUCAUAGCAAGCAUUUUGUACCAAUUGGGCAUAUACUGGAAUCUUUGAACUUUAAAAAUAAUGAGUGCAUUGCAUGCUGUUUUUUAUCUGGUGCGGCGAAGAAGUGUUUGGUGUUUGAGAAAUGAUGACUCUAAUCUUAUACAAUAAAGUGGUUUUAAAUUCUA